UGAUCCCAUAAUUCUCAACACUACUAGUUCAGUCAUCAAUAAGUGUAAAAACUCACAUUAAAAUGAAUAAACGUCGAGAAGUGCCAAUGCGCCACCUUUUUGACGGCAGCGAUCUGAAUGUGUACGAUCAACAAGUUGCAAAUUUGUCAGCUGGUGCCCCAGGACCGGAUUUAUUGAACGAAUGUUGUGAGAUAUUUCGCCUGGCUACUGAGCACAGAAUGAAAUACGAGCUCGUUAAUAAUUCGUAUCUAUUUCAAUACGGACCAACCAUCGGAACCACUGAGUUUCGCGAUACACUAGCAAAAUUUCUUUCAAAAGGUUAUGAAUCAGAAGUGAACAGAUCGGAUUUAGUGCUAACGUCGGGUGCGACGCAUGGCUUGCAUCUAGUGCUUUCGACGUUGAUAGACUUAUCGGGUGUUAUCUUCGUUGACGAAGUCACGUAUAUGAUUGCACUGGAGGCAUUUCGUCAGUUCAAUUCAAUGAAAAUAGUUUCAGUUCCGUUGAAUUCCGAAGGUCCAAAUCUAGAGAUUUUAGCUAAGCUGAUAGGCCAAUACAAGUUCAAACCAAAUAAUGGAAAACUAUUCUGGGGUGUUUACUACACAAUGCCGACAUUCCAUAAUCCUACAGGGAUUCUGUUCACAGAAGACACCAAUAAAAAGUUGAUAAGAUUAGCUAGGUCGGCCGAUAUGCUGAUAACAUGUGACGAUGUGUACAAUCUACUACAUUACAAAGUAAACGAAGCCGGCGAUGAUGUUAUGUCCACACGGCAGCCUCCUAAGCGGUUAUUUGCAUACGAUAUCGAAGACAUCGAAGACAAUAACUGGAAGGGUAAUGUAAUUUCCAAUGGAUCGUUUUCAAAAAUUCUUUCCCCUGGUGUUCGCCUUGGUUGGAUGGAAUGUCCACCUCGAUGUAUCGAAAUAUUUCGCGAUAGCGGUGUACUAAAGAGUGGAGGAGCUGCAAACAAUUAUACCGGAGGAAUUGUGACUAGUUUGAUUCAGCUAGGUUUGGCCGAGAAACAACUUUCUAUGUACGCAGAAAAAUACAGUGAACGGCUAAGAGCGGCUAUUCAAGUACUUCGAGCGAAACUUCCUGCGGUAUGCUCGUUCCAGGCACCCACUGGCGGAUACUUCAUUUGGAUACGCUUUCCGGAAAACGUCGACUGCAACGAUUUCAAUCAGUACUGCAAGAAAAAUUUCGGUGUGGUAGCCAUUGCGGGAAGUAGAUUUUCGAUCAAUGAUUCGCACAAGAAUUUCAUACGCCUAACAUUUGCCUUCCAUCAAGCUGAAUAUCUGAGAAGCAGUGUUGAGAAAUUAUGUACCGCAAUUGAAAGUUACCUUCUUCAACUGUAGAUGCUUUGAUGGGAAGCUAUUCAUUUAUAUUACAGUUGUCAA